GUAACUUACAUGUAAGUUACGUGUAAUUUCAGAGUAACGUAACCUGUUAUAUUCGGUUAUAUUGCUGUUACACUGCUGCUAUAUUACUGUGUUCACUGGGUAGUGCGAUUCUGUAAUUUGUUAAGAGGUGUCGGUAACUGUCGUUGUGCAGCUUUUUACCAUAUAAAAUAUCUGCGCAAAAACUAUAACGAUACCGAUAUCUCUUAACAAGUUACAGAAUCGCACUACUGGUGCGAUAAAUUAGAACGAGUAAAAAUAUAUGUCUUACUCUAAUACAGCGGAAAAGAACAUCAGGCCAAACGCAACUGUUGUAAAAUUAUUUUAUAUAUAUGAUUGAUCUGUACAUUUAGAACCGACAGAAACUAAGGAUAAGAUUCAAUCAUGUUGAAGAAUUUUACAACAGUUGCAAAAUUGCGUUUUUUGCUGAAAACGCAACCAAUAAAAAUAAUUGACAUACGUAUAUUGUGUAAAAAGAACGAAAUAUUUUGAAGUAAGCAAAAUAUUCAAUAGUGACACAUGAAAUUUAAUUUCUUUAUAUAUGUAUAUAUAUCUUAGGUAAUGCAUUAUAUUUUAUGUCAAUAUUUCACUUUUUCGAUCGAUCUCUCCCACAUCAAAACAUUUUUCUAUUGCAUUCAAAUUGCCAUACCUAAUUAGACUAUAUAAAAUAGUUUUGUCACAGGUAGUAACGAAGAAAUUGCAGGUUACUUGCACUCCGCAUACAUAAUUAUAUUUUGUUAGAUUCAGUAAAGAACGGUGCUGCGAUUUGAAGGUAAAAAUAUGAAGAAACGACGGCCGCGUUCGAAAAACUAUUCCUCUCCACAAAAAUAUUGUCAUGCGCAUGAACGUUUUUCGAUUAGAGCAAAGAACAUACACGAUUCGAAAGGACGAACUUUCAAACAAAGCUAUUCUAAACUUCAGCAAAACGAUGGAUAUUGUGACAUAUCGUGCAUAAAGAAAGACGCAUUUAGUUCGUUGGAAUCUUUCUUCGACGUGAAGAAAUUAUUAAAUUUACAUGAUGCAUUUCCUUUAGCAUUUUAUUAUUAUAAAAAAAAAUUAGUUAAAUCGCCUAAUGCUACGAGAUCAGAACCUUUCGAAACAUUAUUUCUGCAAUCCUUUUCGUCACAGACAAAACUCGAGCCGGAGUUUGUUUUUAAAGAGAAACCGUUUGUUUUCAAAGCGUAUGACAAACACAACAGAGUAAAAAUUGAACGAAAUGCAAAAAAUAAAAUAAAAACCAACAAGAAAAAAGAAUUUCUGAAAGCGUCAAAAUCAGUGGAAUUGCAGUUCAACGAUUUAAUCUGCAAUCAACAAUAUCGUUCAGUAAAUAUGACUGAAAAUAAAAUACCAGAUAGCGAAAUAUUAGAAGACGAAAAUCUUAAGAAAGACGAAACAGAAGCCAAAGAAAAAAACACAGAUGAAGAUGAGCAUAAAGAUGAAGGUAAGGAUAAAAAUCAAACUGUAACAAAUAAAAUUAAUAACAAAAACGAAGGUGAAGAAACUGAAACUGGUGACCAAGACAAAAUUAAAGAAAGUAAAGCUGAUAAUAAAGAAGAAGUUGAGGCUAUUGAAACUACUGACCAAGACAAAGUUGAAAAAAAUGAAAUUGAUAAAAACGAAGUUGAAAAAGAUAAAACUGAUAACGGAGACAAAGUUAGUGAUGACAGAAUCGACGGCAACGGUAAAAAUGGAAUGGAAGAUGUUACAGAUGAUAGUGUUUUACUAGAAAAACCUUCUAUUCCGUCUGAUAUUGUGAAAGACAAAGUAACAGAAUCUGAAGAAUUUGUAAAGCCGAUAAUAAGUUCACCUCUUUUAACUGAUGAUAUAAUUAUAGAAUUAAAAGUAAUGAAUGAAAGAUGCAUUCUGCUAACAGAUGAAAUCCAACAAUUAAAGCGUGAAGUUCUUGAAUUAUCGGAGAAACCUGAAUUAACAGAAGAAGAUACAUUAACUAUUCAAGAAAAACAAAAUGUUCUCACGGCAAAAGUAGCUGAAUUGGAACAAUUAACGCAAAAAUUUCAAAAAGCGCGAGAAGAAGUAGAACGACUUGGUGAAAUGGAAGAAGUUGAUGAAAUAAAAAAAAGAGAUGAGAAAGAACCAUUUAAAAAAAUUCUGGAAGAUCACUUUGAGAUACCGCAAAUACAAUAUCCCGAAGAUAAGCUUCCAAGAGUAAUUGUUUGUGGCUACACGGACGUACUUCCAAAACUCGUGGUAGCAGAUACUGAACGAAAAGGCAGAGAAAAGUGUUUUGAAAAGUUAACAGGCAAACUAACAGAGUCUUUAACAAUGCAGGAGAAAUUAGUUAAAGAAAAUGCCCAACUGGAAGGUGGAAAGUACAAGUUAGAAGAAGCUUUGUUAGAAAAAGAUACGGCUCUCGAGAGUUUACAGAGGAAGGUAUGCGGCCUGCAAGCAGAAAUGCGUAUAAUUGUCAAAGAGAAUAUGGAGUUGAGUCGUCAAUUGGCCACUUUAAAUCAACUAGUAAUUAGACCUACUUGUUGUUACACCUGCUCAGGUGUCACUCCGUCUCCUCCGUCGACAUCGCCAAUAUUAUCUUCGCGUCCGCAUGUUAACGCGCAAUCUCGGGACGACGUUUAUUGCCGAUGCAAAAGCUGUUUUCAAUCACCGUUGACUGAUGCCUUAUCGCCAACGGAAACCGCAUGCAAUUCACCGAGGCUUACAGGAGGUGGAUCACCAACAGAGGAUCGUUAUCCCAUAAACAACGAUUUGCAAAACGUGGAGAUGUAUUCCCGAGGUCCAACCGUUGUUAAGCCAUUACUUCCUCGGGGAACAUGUCCUGCAGAAUUGGAAAAUAAACUUGCUGCUUAUAGUACUAACACUAAACAAUUAGAACAACAAUUAGGUAGUAUGGAAACUGAGGUUCGUAACAUGCAAAUGGAAUUGGCAAAUGUGCAACGGGAACGGCAACAACUGGAACAACAACGUAAAUUGCUCAAAUGUACAGGGCCUUGUGCACCGUGUGGUUGUUGCCCACCUCCGACUUCGACAUGCGUGACAUCCACGCCAGGACUACCGAUAACGUCCAAAGUACCUGCUGUAUCCGCGGUGCCUCUUACCCAAAUGACUACGGCUGCACCUUUGAUGUGUACAGGUUCUUGUACAAACACAGCCAUGGGCACUAGUACUUGCGCUCAACAAUUACGCGAUCUUCGCGAACAAUACGCUCGACUUCAAGAUGAUUAUAAAAGUAAGUUGUGCGAGGUAUCGUGCAUGAGAACAGAAGCAGAGAAGUUCAAGCAAGAUAUAAGAGAUGCAAAAGAAGAGAAAGAACGAAUGGAGAUAAAACUGAUAGAUGUUCAAGAACGAUUAAAAUUUUUAGAGACGGAAAAAAGGAAAUUUGAGGGUCAUAAGGAACAUCUCAUCGAACAGGAACAGGCUUUGAUAGUAGCGAAGCAACGUUUUCGAGAAGCACAAGACGAAUUGGAGGAACUUCGUUCCUUGAUUCAAGAUCAAGCUGCUCAAUUAGAGGAUUAUCGCAAUAAAUAUUUGCAAGCUCAGCAACAAGUUGAAGAACAACGCAGGCAGCUAGAUCUUAUGGAAAUGGACAAUGCGCGAAUGAAUGAAAAUGUUACUUUGGAAAUCGGCCGUGUAAAAAAUCAAUUUCAAGAGAAAUUAGCUGAACUUGCACCAUUACCCGAUAUCUUGAAACAAAUGCAAAUAAAGAUGCAGGAAGCACAACAGAUGCGUUUAGUCGCCGAACGUAGCUGCGAGGAUCUGUCGCGAGAAUUACUAGGGUGCAAGGACAAGAUUCAAACCUUGCAAAAUCAAUUGGAUGUGUUGCGCACUGAACAUCAGGCAUUUCAGGAUGAAAGAGGAUCCGAUAAGUCUGAAGAGAUAGAAAAAAAGUGCAGCGAGUUGCGACACGAAAACGAAAAAAUGAAAAAUACUUUGGCACGAUUUGAGGAACACGAAGCGCAAUUGCAAAAGCGUAUUGAUGAAAAAAUGCAUGAAAAUACACAGCUGUCAUCAAUGUUGGAACAGAUAAGGGAGGAUUCCGCUCGACAAGUAGCAAGAACAAAAGAGCGAUGCGAAACUAUGCGAAGAUCGAUGCAAGGUCAAAUCGCUGAAAUGGAAAAACAAUUAGCACAAUGUAGAGCAACAGCACGUGCUGCCCAACGGGAUAGAGACGAGAUAAGGCAGAAGAUGCAGAGUCAAAUAAAUAACUUGAAUGAGGCAUUUAAACACGCGCAAGGUCGUAUAAAAUCGUUACAAGGUCAUGUAAAUUAUCUCAAAAAUUCCUACAGUAAUAUCUUUCUUGGUCAAGGAGAAACACCAAGUGCUUUACCAAUAGACGAUUCCUGCGAUUGCAACUAUUAAAUACACAUGAUUUCUCAAUAAUAUUACUAUAUAUUUUUGUUCAUUAUAACGAAAUUAAAAUAUACUACAUAACAUCACACAGAAUCUUGUUAUGGAUUUAUAUUUUAAAUGCCAUUUUGAAACAAUUGACAAAGCUAAUUGAUAAUUAUUAUACCGUCACGUUUUUGAUGUAAAAACUGUAAGACAUUUGAAAUAUAAAAAAAUAAAAUAA